AUUUGGAUCACAGUCAAUUAAAACAACUCAAAAUAACAUCAUCUCCUCUUCUAUUUUUACUUCUAUUCAUUUUAUAAAUUAACUUGAUUAAACGCUGAAAAAGAUGAAAUUCUUGAUUGCCUUAAGUUUGUUGCUUGCUGUUGCCGCAGCAGCGCCCGCCGAACAAAAAUACACGACAAAGUACGACGGCAUCAAUUUGGAUGAGAUUCUCAAGUCGGAUCGUCUCUUCAACAACUACUACAAGUGCUUGAUGGAUGAGGGACGUUGCUCGCCCGAUGGCAAGGAAUUGAAGGCACGUUUGCCCGAUGCCCUCAAAACGGGAUGCUCGAAAUGCAGUGAGAAACAACGCGAAGGCACCGAAAAGGUCUUGCGCUACAUCAUUGACAAACGCAAGCCACAAUGGGCAAAAUUACAAGCCAAAUAUGACCCUGAAAACAUCUACACCAAAAAGUACGAAGACGAAGCUGCAAAACGCAACAUCAAAGUUUAAAUUCGGUCAAACAUUAUUGUGAUAUACUUAACAAACGAACAAAAAUACAAAAAAUUCACACGAAAAUUUUUUUUGCCCCGUAAUUUAUGUCAUCCAGUGUGAUGCAAUUUCUUAACAAACAAAACACAAACGACAAACAAAAAUAUAUAGAUGAACGACCAUCGGUUUUAUUAAUCUCUGAAAUUCCCUCCAAAUUAUUAAAUAUUAUUAAAUUUUAAGCUUUUAACAUAGGAAUUUAUCGUACUUAGUUACUUUUUUAUUUAUUAUGUCGCCAAAUGUGUGUAAAAAGCCCCUUUUUCACAACACUUUGUACCCUACUUUAUAAAAAAAUAUGUUAAAAAUUAAUUAAUGGGAUAAACUCAAUAAAAAAAAUUAAAAAAAUUAUUUUUUUUU